UGUCGCUCGCCUUGCCUCUGCAGGAUGAGGGCCCUGGUUGUCGCCGUACUCGUCGCAGUUGUCGCGCCUGCGCUUCCUGCCCCUGCCAAACUCCCACAUUAUAUGAAACCAUGCCGAAAAAAUGACCCCAAGUUGAACGAGUGUGCGCUCAAGCAUGGCAAGGAGGCGCUUCCAUUUAUUAUACAAGGCGACCCAAAGUACGGCAUCCCCAAGCUCGACCCCCUGGUCAUAGACAGGAUCGUGGUGGGGGACAGCAAGAGGCAAGGCAGCGGAGGUCUGGGGUUGGUCUUCACCUGUGAGAAGUGCAAGUUCCACGGUCUCAAGGGUGUGCAGGCGAAGGCUGUCAGGGUUGACUUGAAGAAGCAGCACAUAGAGUUGGAAGGCUCAGUACCCAAGCUGGACAUCAAGGGCAAAUACACGGCCAAAGGAAGAGUGCUCGUAUUGCCCAUAGAGGGUGCUGGGGACGCUGACCUCACGUUGCGCAACCUCAGCAUAGUAUACAGAACUGACUACGAUCUCAAGAAGGGUAAAGAUGGCAAGGACCACGCCAGAGUCAAGAACCCCAAAAUUGACUUCAAAGCGGGCGGCUUUCACAUCAAGCUGACCAACCUGUUUAAGGGAGACGAAAAUCUAGGUAACAACAUGAACAACUUCCUCAACGAGAAUUGGCGGGAAGUAAUGGCAGAGUUUGGACCAGCUGUUGUGGAAGCUGUGUCCAGGAUAGUGACGUUGGUGGUCAACAACAUCGCUGAGAAAGUCGCCUAUGACGACAUACUCAUCAAGUAGGCCA